AUGCCCGGGACUCUCCUGGAUAGAAGUGCCCCGGAAGGGCAUCAGCUGAAGAUGGAUAAGCCCGUGCUGGCUCCCGCUCAGCCGGAUUUCUACCUGAUUGGGAGUGAGGAUGCUGUCUACGAACAAGAUCUCCUUCGUGAUCCCCACAGCAUAAAACCAUGGCUCUCUUACAUUGAAUUCAAGCAGCAACAUGGCAAUCCCUAUGAACAAGCCUUCGUCAUGGAACGUGCAUGCAAGCAACUUCCUAGGUCAUAUAAGCUGUGGAAGAUGUAUCUUGAGUUUCGCAUAAAACACGUGAGAGGCCGAAAUCCAUCGAUCCAUCGCGCAGAGUACCUCAAAGUCAACGCCCUUUUCGAACGGGCUGUCAUCUUGCUCAACAAGAUGCCUCGAAUUUGGGAGAUGUUUGUCUCAUUUCUGCUACAGCAGCCGAUCAUAACUCAAACCCGUCGCACUUUCGAUCGGGCUCUCCGCGCUCUACCAGUUACUCAGCAUAAUCGUAUUUGGAAACUCUACAAGGCCUUCGCCUACUCUGCAUCUGGAGAGACUGCAGUGAAGAUUUGGCGUAGAUACAUGCAAGUCCACCCGGAGAAUGCCGAGGAGUACAUUGACGUUUUGGUCGAGAUGGGGCAAUACACUGAAGCUGUCAAGAAGUACAUGUGGAUUCUGGAUAAUCCUAGAUUCCAAUCGAAAAACGGCAAAAGCCAGUUCCAGCUUUGGACUGACAUGGUUGAACUGCUCGUCAACAAGGCCAAGGAUAUCGAGGCUGGCCCAGAAGUGGGUAUCGAUAUCGACUUGAUUAUUCGCAGUGGGAUCGAUAGGUUCGCCGACCAAAGAGGCAAGCUGUGGGCUGGGUUGGCAACGUACUGGACUACCCGUGGAAAUUUCGAAAAAGCAAGAGAUGUCUUCGAGGAAGGGAUCACAACUGUGAUGACUGUUCGAGAUUUCACCAUGAUCUUUGAUGCCUACGUGGAAUUUGAGGAAUCUAUCAUAGGCCAUCUAAUGGAAGAAGCUGCCCUGCGAUCCGACAAGGGUCGGGCUGACGAGGCCGCGGAUUUCGACCUAGACCUUCGAAUGCUGAGAUUUGAACAACUUAUGGAUCGCCGCCCGUUCCUAGUUAACGACGUCCUCCUCAGACAGAAUCCUAAUAACGUAAUCGAGUGGGGCAAACGUGUUGCCCUGUGGGGUGACAAUAAAGCCGAAAUUGUUCAAACUUAUACCAAGGCCAUUGCAAAGAUUCAACCGAAAAAAGCCCAUGGUAAGUUCCAUGAACUCUGGGUCAACUACGCCAAAUUUUAUGAGCAGGGUGGAGAUUUGGAUACUGCUAGGGUGAUCUUCGACAAGGCUGUAAAGGUUCCCUUUAAAACAGUCGCGGAACUUGCAGAAACCUGGUGCGAAUGGGCCGAGAUGGAGCUUCGCAGCGAAAAUUUUGAUAGAGCUGUUGAAAUCAUGGCAAAAGCUACACAAGCUCCCAAGCGCUCCACAGUCGACUAUUUCGACGAAACCCUUUCACCACAACAACGCAUCCACAAGAGCUGGAAACUAUGGAGCUUUUAUGUUGAUCUCGUCGAAAGUGUUGGGACUCUCGAAAAGACAAGAACGGUUUACGAACGCAUUUUUGAACUACGAAUCGCAACACCCCAAACAGUUGUCAACUAUGCCAACCUUUUGGAAGAAAACAAAUACUACGAAGAGUCUUUCAAGAUUUACGAGCGUGGCCUUGACCUUUUCAGUUACCCGGUGGCCUUUGAGCUCUGGAAUCUAUAUUUGACCAAGGCUGUUGAUCGGAAAAUCUCAAUUGAACGCCUACGGGACCUGUUCGAACAGGCUGUGGAUGGGUGCCCACCCCAGUUCGCCAAACCUCUCUACUUGAUGUAUGGCAACUUGGAAGAAGAACGCGGGCUUGCUCGACACGCUAUGAGAAUAUAUGAACGCGCAACACGUGCUGUCUCUGAUUCCGAUAGAUUUGAAAUGUUCAACUUCUAUAUCACAAAAUCGGCCUCCAACUUCGGCUUGACAUCGACUCGUCCGAUUUACGAACGCGCCAUCGCAGCUUUGCCCAACAAUGAAGCAAAGGGAAUGUGUCUCAAAUUUGCCGAAAUGGAGCGUCGUCUGGGUGAGAUCGAUAGAGCUCGCGCUAUUUACGGCCAUGCGUCUCAAUUCUGUGACCCGCGCACAAAUGCAGGAUUCUGGCAGAAGUGGGAGGGAUUCGAGGUUCAGCACGGUAAUGAAGAUACGUUUAAGGAAAUGCUGCGUAUCAAGCGCAGUGUCCAGGCUCAGUACAAUACCGACGUUAACUUCAUUGCUUCUCAGGCCCUUGCUAGGAGCAAGCAGCUUGCCAAAGAAGCUGCAGGUACUCAAGAGGAGAGCCAGGAGCGUGCUGAUGCGAUGGCGGCUUUGGAAAGACAGGCCCGCGCCCCCAUGGGUUUCGUACCCGCAAGCACCGGACCAGAAGGAGGAAAUCGACCACCAGCUGUUAAUGGUGAUAAGUCACAACAGAGUGCUCCGGCAAAUCCUGAUGCCAUUGAUCUCGACGAAGAUAUGGAUAGAGAUGACUGA